CAUUCAGCUAUGGGUGUUCCUUCGUUUUAUAGAUGGUUGAUUGAAAAAUAUCCAAGGGCGGUAGAAAACGUGGAUAUAGCAAUUUCAAACCCAGAUUUCGUUGGGUUUGAUAACUUGUAUCUUGACAUGAAUGGAAUCAUCCACCCAUGUUUUCACCCUGAGGAUCUCAACAGUUCACAGCCAACAACGUUCGAAGAUGUGUUCAGGAACAUCUUUGACUACAUUGAUAGGCUAGUUAGCAUUGUUAGGCCUCGAAAGCUAUUGUACUUAGCUAUUGAUGGAGUAGCCCCACGGGCUAAAAUGAACCAACAAAGAACAAGACGUUUCCGAACAGCAAAGGACAAUGAUAUACGUGAAGCUGAGGAAGAGAGGCUUCGGAAACAUUAUGAAAUGGAAGGCAAACAAGUUCUUCCAAAACAAGAAUCUGAAGUGUCUGAUUCUAAUAUCAUAACACCAGGCACUGAGUUCAUGCAUAAACUCUCAGAGGCCCUUAAAAGCUAUAUCUCUUUAAGGAUAACCUGUGAUUCAUUAUGGAGGGAUAUUAUGGUAAUUCUAUCUGAUGCUAAUGUUCCUGGAGAAGGGGAACACAAGAUUAUCUCAUACAUACGCAAACAGCGUAGUUUUCCUGAAUAUGAUCCAAACACAAGCCACUGCUUAUAUGGCUUGGAUGCUGAUCUUAUAAUGCUUGGAAUGGCAACACAUGAGCCUUAUUUUUCAAUAUUGAGAGAGGAUGUCCUUAAUCAGGAGCAGAAGCCACAAAUUGCUGCUAAGCCUUUCCAAUUUUUGCAUAUUUGGUUGUUGAGGGAAUAUCUAGAGAUAGACAUGAAGAUAGAAGAUCCUCCCAAAAAUUUCAACAUUGAUUUUGAGAGGAUAAUUGAUGAUUUCAUCUUCAUGUGCUUUUUUGCUGGAAAUGAUUUUCUGCCCCACAUGCCAUCUUUGGAUAUUCACGAGAGAGCUAUUGAUUUAUUGAUUACUGUUUACAAGAAACAAUUCCCUAAACUUGGAGGAUAUCUAGUGGAUAUCAGCAGGGUUGGAGAGAAGAAAGCAGCUUUUGUUAAGUUAUCAAGAGUUGAAAAGUUUAUACUUAUGGUUGGUACAUAUGAAGAGAAAAUCUUUAAGAAAAGAUCUGAAAUAAGAGAGCGGAAAUUGAGAAGGCUUCUUAGGAAUUAUGAGGAUGCUAAGCAGGAAGAACAGAAUUCAGUUUGUUACUCUGAUCUUGACAAUCAAAGUAGUUCUGAUUCUGCUCUUCUCAUCAAGAAGGCCAUGAAUUCCGAAAAAUCACCUGGUUUCUUGGUUACUAAUGUUCCAGUUGCAUCUGCUGAAAUAUUGCGUAACACAAAGGAGUUAAAAGAGGAACUAAACAAAUGCAUUAGAGAUAAAUGUGAUUUGUUUAAGAGUGGAGACUUCCAAUCUGACAAGAUAAAAUUGGGAACUCCUGGUUACAAAGAAAGGUAUUAUAAAGAGAAGUUUUCCGUGGAAGGCCCCACUAACCUUGAGUGCAAAAGGAAAGAAAUAGUCCAGAAGUACACUGAGGGGUUGUUGUGGGUUCUUCAAUACUAUUUUUCAGGAGUUGCUUCGUGGACAUGGUUUUAUCCUUACCACUAUGGUCCAUUUGCUUCGGACAUAAAGGGCAUGGGUCAGGUGAGAUUAAAUUUUGAGAAAGGUGUCCCAUUCUUACCUUUUGAUCAACUCUUAAGUGUUCUACCCCCAAGGAGUGCUCAUGCACUUCCAAAUGCUUAUGCACAGUUGAUGCUGGAUGACCACUCCAGAAUAUUAGAUUUCUACCCUCUUGAUUUUGAAGUUGACAAAGAAGGAAAGCGCUUCUCUUGGCAGGGUAUUUGUAAACUCCCAUGGAUAGAUGAAAGAAGGCUUUUGGCUGAAACCAGAGAACUCAAGAAGGAAUUAUCUGAAAAUGAAGCAACUAGAAAUUCAAUCAAAGUUGAUAGCUUGUUUGUGAGAAGCACUAGCAAAUUGGCAGUGAAAAUUUCUUCCCUUUCUCUACAGCCCAACCCAUCUUUCAAGUUAGAUACGAGCAUAAGCAGUGAUGGCAUUGGGGGUACCAUAAGUCUUUGCCAUGAGUAUGUGGAGGAGCCUUGCUCAGGGAUGGAUAUUCAUGACAACAUUCAAGAAGAUCGUGUCUUAUGCGUCCAUUAUGAGCUGCCUGUACAUAGUAAUCGUAUUCCUGGUUUACUUUCAGGUUUAAACCUUCCAACAAAGACGAUCUUUGAAGAUGACAUAAUGGAAACAGAACUCUGGCAUGAAGUUCAGAAUCAAAGUCAUUUUGAUAGGAUGCGGAUUCAUGACAAGUGGAGGAAUGCAAACAGUGAUAGCAGAACUUCAAAGUUUCCCUCUAAUGAAACUAUUCAACAUACAAGAAGCUUCUCAUCAAAUGUUUCUCCUGAAGUCCUUCACAAAGGUGUUGGUGUUGGUUGGAGUUCAGGUAGAGGGAAGCCAAGCAAUGAUUUCAACAUGAAAAGGAUUGAUACCAUGGAAAAUGAGAAAAUAUCAUCAUUGUCUCCUUUUCAUAAACAACCUAUGGAUGCAGGAUCUUAUAAUGUCAAUGCAAUGAGAGACACAAGAUCACAGAACUUUAUGGAUAACUUUAGGCAAUUAAGAAUAUCAGAGUCUAAUCAUAUGUCUAGGCCUAAUGGAAGAUCUCAGUUUCAAUCAUAUAACAAUGGUUCUUAUCAUCAAGGUUCACAAUCUGAAACUAUGCCUUUUGGUAGGGGAAGAGGUAGACUUCAGCAGGGUUCUAAUAAUGUAAAUUCAUGGAGGACUGUUUCUACUAACAAUUCAUUGAGGCCUCAAUGGAGUGGUGCCCAAGUGAAGGAUCAAAAUCGUUGUUAGGGGUGUUUUUUUGUGUUGUUUUGAAAAAUGUUAAAAAGGGGCUCUGCAGGGAAUGAGGUCAACUUUUAUUGUGCUUUUAUGCUUGUUUCAUUUUGUCUUAUGCUAGCAUUUUGAAAUGUCCUCAAAAUGAGUUGUGUUCCCAUUAUCUU